AUGACUGAUGCAAUGGAUACUUCCGAAGAUGUUUCAUCUACUGAUCGAAAUAAAAUAAAUUCGUCAAAGAAAGAACCAAUCAUUGAUGAUGAAGGAUUUCAACUUAUUGUCACUGAUUGUUAUAUUUAUACGGGUGAACUUUAA